CACCUCCUCCGCCUGGGGGGCGGCCCCGCACUGUCAUUCCCGAGAGUGGGCGGGGCUUGGGCGGAUGCAUAAAGCCUCGGAGCCCUGGCCGCCUGCACUGUCGCUGCACGGGGACCGGGCGUCCAGCUUCACUGGCCUGCACUCUUCCUGUGAAGCACAAGGUGUGACAGGAGACAACGAAGAUGAUUCCUCCUCUAUCAGAAGUCAAUGGACCUAAUCCUGCUGCUGUGGACUCCAACCAUCUCCUCCCCAAUGGAGAUGCCCACAUGGCAGAGAAAAGUCAGGCACUGGGGUCCGGGAGCCUCCUCUGCAGGCAGUACGAGGAGAAGGUGCGGCCCUGCAUCGACCUCAUCGACGCCCUGCGGGCCCUGGGCGUGGAGCAGGAUUUGCCCCUGCCCGCCAUCGCCGUCAUCGGGGACCAGAGCUCGGGCAAGAGCUCGGUGCUGGAAGCCCUGUCGGGAGUGGGGCUCCCCAGGGGCAGUGGGAUCGUCACCAGGUGCCCUCUGGUGCUGAGGAUGAAGAAGCUGGGGCCGGAGGAGGCGUGGCAGGGCAAGGUCAGCUACCUGGACGUGGAGGUGGAGCUCGCGGAGGCCGCGCAGGUGGAGGGCGAGGUCAACAAAGCCCAGAACAUCAUCGCCGGCUCGGGGGUUGGAAUCAGCGAUGAGCUCAUCAGCCUGGAGGUCAGCUCCCCCGGCGUCCCGGACCUGACUCUCAUUGACCUUCCCGGCAUCACCAGGGUGGCCGUGGGCGACCAGCCUGCUGACAUCGGGCGCCAGAUCAAGCGACUCAUCAGGAAGUACAUCCAAAAGCAGGAGACCAUCAACCUGGUGGUGGUCCCCAGCAACGUGGACAUCGCCACCACGGAGGCGCUGAGCAUGGCACAGGAAGAGGACCCAGAUGGAGACAGGACCAUAGGAAUCCUGACGAAGCCCGACCUGGUGGACAAGGGCACUGAAGACCAGGUGGUGGACGUGGUGCGGAACCUGGUGUGCCACCUGAAGAAGGGCUACAUGAUCGUCAGGUGCCGCGGCCAGCAGGACAUCCAGACUCGGCUCAGCCUGGCCGAGGCCUUGCAGAAGGAGAAGGCCUUCUUCGAGGACCACCCUCAGUUCAGGGUUCUGCUGGAAGAAGGAAAGGCCACCAUUCCCUGCCUGGCGGAGAGACUGACCUCUGAGCUCAUCGAACACAUCUGUAAAUCCCUGCCCCUGCUGGAAAACCAGAUAAAGGACAGUAUCCAGAAGGUGACCGAGGAGCUGAAAGCCUUUGGCAUGGACGUCCCAGAGGAGGAGAGCGAGAGGAUGUUCUUCCUGAUAGACAAAAUUAAUGCAUUCAAUCAGGAUAUCAAUGCUGUAGUACAAGCAGAGGAAGUUGUAGGGCCAGAAGAUAUCCGGCUGUUUACCAGGCUCCGAAAGGUGUUCCACAAAUGGAGUACCUUGAUUGAAGAGAAUUUCAAAAAAGGUUAUGGGACUCUGCACAGAGAAAUCAGGAAGUUUGAAAAUCAGUACCGUGGCCGAGAGCUGCCGGGGUUCGUGAACUACAGGACGUUUGAGACGAUCAUAAAGGAGCAGCUGAAAUCCCUGGAGGAGCCGGCUGUGGACAUGCUGCACACGGUGACGGAUAUGGUCCGACUCGCCUUCAUAAAUGUCUCCGAAAAGAACUUUGCUGAAUUCUUUAACCUGCACAAAACCGCCAAGUCCCAGAUUGAGGACAUCAAGGCGGAACAAGAGAAGGAGGCGGAGAGGUCGAUCCGGCUGCACUUCCAGAUGGAGCAGAUCGUGUACUGCCAGGACCAGGUCUACCGGGGGACACUGCAGAGCGUCAGGGAGCAGGAGGCGCAGGAGGAGAAGAGCAAGAAGUCAGGCCCCAGGUCGCUGGGCUCCGACGAGGACUCGUCCAUGGCUGAAAUCUUCCAGCACCUCAGCGCCUACAGCAAGGAGGCUCACAACCGCAUCUCCAGCCUGGUCCCCUUGAUCAUCCAGUUCUUCGUCCUGAGGACGUUCGGCCAGCGGCUGCAGAAGGCCAUGCUGCUGCUCCUGCAGGACAAGGAGGCCUGCGGCUGGCUGCUGAAGGAGCGCAGCACCACCAGCGACCAGAGGCGCUUCCUCAAGGAGCGGCUCUCGCGCCUGAGCCAGGCCCGGCGCCAGCUGGCCAAGUUCCCUGGCUAACCGGCCGCGCCCACCCUGAGCUGGGCACCGGGGUGGCCCGGCCGUUCCUGGUGGCUCCCUGACAACAUUCUGAGGCAGGGGGAUCGCUGAGCCAGGCUGCCCAGGCCAGGGCUCUGCUGGCCCCGGGAGAGGGUCAGGCGCCCUGGAGUCUGUGUUCCCAGGGUCAGGAGCCCCUCAGCUCAGGCCGGGAGGGCCCAGCGCCCUGCCAGCUGCCUUCCUGGUCGUACCGUCCUGUGGAGCCCGUGCUGCCGCGGGCGGGGAGGCUGCUGGGGUGUCCACCUGUCCCUAAUAAACUCUGCUGC